AUGGCUAAUCUAACCGUGUUGGACAUAAGAAGGAACAAUUUCACUGGGACUCUACCAUCCUUUUGUGCGGGUAGCACUUCAUUGACUACCAUUGUUGUAAAUAGUAAUCGAUUUGAAGGACAUGUCCCUGUGUCGUUACUCAAAUGUCAUAGUUUAGAAGUCCUUGAUGUGGGGAACAAUGCUAUAAAUGACACGGUUCCAGCUUGGUUAGGAACUCUUCAGGAGCUACAAGUCCUUAUAUUAAAGUCGAACAAGUUUCAUGGACCUAUAAGUACUUUUUUUGGAAACUUCAAGGCAAUGAUCAAAUUAGAUGGCGAAGACACAAGAGAGAUCAAGUACAUGAAACCAUCUGAGAAGUCAUUUUACAUAAUGUAUGAGGUCUCGGUGAGAUUGGUGAUCAAAGGCCAGGAAAUCGAGCUAGAAAGAAUCAACACAAUUAUGACAGCCAUACAUCUCUCAAGCAACCAUUUUGAAGGUGUCAUUCCGAAAACACUAAAGAAUCUCAACGCACUUUGGCUACUCAAUUUAUCCCGUAACAAUCUCAAAGGUGAUAUUCCAAUGGAAUUAGGGCAAUUGAAUACGCUUGAAGCUUUAGAUCUCUCUUGGAAUCGGCUCACUGGAAAGAUUCCACAGGAAUUGACAAGAAUGAACUUUCUGGCAUUCUUAAACCUCUCUCAAAAUCUUCUUAUUGGACCAAUUCCUCACGGUCAACAAUUCAACACAUUUGGAAAUGACUCGUAUGGUGGCAACCUUGAUUUAUGUGGUCUCCCUUUAUCGAAGAAAUGUGGAACAAGUGAUUCAUCGCAUGUUCCUCAACCAAUGGAGUCCGAAGAAGAUGAAGAUGAGUCAUAUUUCUUAAGUGGAUUUACUUGGGAAUCCGUAGUCAUAGGCUACAGUUUUGGACUAGUUGUUGGAACUACCAUGUGGAGUCUCAUGUUUAAAUAUCGUAAACCAAAAUGGUUUGUGGAAUUUUUUGAUGCCAUCGUGCCUCACGAAAAUAGAAGGCCAAAGAAGAGAGCUUAG